GAAUAAGUUAUAAGCCGAAGCUAUUGCCCAUAAGAUAGGCUAGGCACACCAGUCACUUCAUCUAUCCACUUAAAAAACUCUUAAAAAUGGCAGCUUUGAGUAGUAUUCUCUUCAAAUCUCUCUCUCCUGCUAUCUACCAAUCACAGCAAACACUUCAUCUUGCAUUACCAAAUUGUCUCCGAUCGUCGUCCGUUCGUUUUCCCGGCGAAUUAGACCGCCGGAAAAUGAGAGGUAUAAGCGUCGUUACUCGAGCAGGGCCUAGCACCAGCCAGCUCAUUUUCGCAUUCGUCUUCCCAUUCUCUCUCCUCGCCAUUACUGUCUUCACUGCUCUUCGAAUUGGCGAUAAACUUGACCAGAAGUUCCUCGAGGAGCUUGCCAUGAAUGAGGCGAUAAGAGAAGCAGAAGAAGAGAAUGAUGACGUGAAUGAAACAGUGUUCCCGAGAAAAGAGGAACCGGCACUUCCUAGAACUCGCAAUAGGCCAAAGCGUGAAGUUUGAAAUCCCAUGGUGUGUGUGAGGUCGCUAUAUUUAUUCUCAGGGUAGGUCUUAAUUAGGCAUCUUUGUGGUUGUAAUUCUUGCUACCAUUCAUGAAAUGAACUAAAUAUAUGUAUCAAUUGUAUAGCUUCAUAGUAAUGAUCGAAUUUGACAAGGAAGUUACCUUUGUUAUGAAAGAAAAGUAGCCAAAUUAAAUUUGUGGUUUCAAAAGACCAUGUAAGUUUUAAAGAUGCUAACUGAGCGUGCUGAUUGCUGAUUUCA